ACAUAUGAUUACAGCUCUGCCGUAAAUAAACGGUUAUCCAAGUCUUCAUAAAUCUUCUUCCGGAGCCUUUUGCACGUUUAAAAAUCCCUUCCCACCGACGUUAACUGAAGAAAAAGACCAAAACCUUGAAAAUAACAGAAUAAAGGAGCUCUUACUACCUUCGAAGUAGCUUCCGAGCUCACAUGUCUGACUCUGAUGUCUCUAAAGUCAAUGCUUCUCCUAAUUCUCCGGUUUCUCCCUCCCUUUAUAACCCUCAAAACUCUCAAAGCUCUCCACAACCUCCUCAACUCACUUCUCAAAACUAUCAAAAAACUCCUCGGAAAAAUCAUGUCCAACCAAUCCGAUGAUCAAAAAUCAGAUCCCCCACCACCCUUUGAUCCAUCAAAGCCGUCCAUUCCCAUCUCCUACCCAAUCAAGACCCUUGAAGACCUUGACUCUCGCUCUUACUUCACUUCUUUUCACUACCCUUUUAAUAUAUCCAAUGUUCCUCUCCAACCCAAUUCAGCUUUGCCUCAAAGGCCUAGGAUUUUGGUUUGCCAUGACCUGCAAGGUGGUUACGUGGAUGAUAAGUGGGUCCAGGGUGGCAAUAAUUCCGGCGCUUAUGCCAUCUGGCACUGGUAUUUGAUCGAUGUUUUUAUUUAUUUUUCUCAUGAUUUGGUCACCUUGCCUCCUCCUUGUUGGACAAAUACUGCUCAUAGGCAUGGAGUCAAGGUAUUGGGGACAUUUAUCACUGAAUGGGAUGAAGGGAAAGCUAUUUGUAAGAAACUGCUCUCGACAAAGGAGUCCGCUUACAAGUAUGCUGAACGCUUGGUAGAGCUUGCUAUUGCUUUGGGCUUUGAUGGAUGGCUGCUCAAUAUGGAGGUUGAACUGGAAGUCGGGCAAAUUCCUAACUUGAAAGAAUUUGUUAGCCAUUUAACUCAGACUAUGCACUCCUCACUUCCGGGAUCUUUGGUUAUAUGGUAUGAUAGUGUUACAAUUGAUGGAAAGCUUGACUGGCAAAAUCAACUGAAUGAAAAGAACAAACCUUUCUUUGACAUUAGUGAUGGAAUCUUUGUUAACUAUACUUGGAAGGAGGACUAUCCAAAACUUUCGGCAACAGUUGCUGGCAAUAGAAAGUUUGAUGUCUACAUGGGGAUAGAUGUAUUUGGAAGGGGCACUUAUGGUGGCGGGGAAUGGACUACAAAUGUUGCACUUGAUGUGAUAAAGAAGGAUGAUGUCUCAGCUGCCCUAUUUGCUCCUGGAUGGGUUUAUGAAACAAAACAACCCCCCGAUUUUCAGACUGCUCAAAAUUGUUGGUGGGCUCUUGUUGAGAAAUCAUGGGGAAUUGUACAAAAUUAUCCUAAAGUGUUACCAUUCUAUUCAAAUUUUGAUCAGGGCCGAGGGUAUCAUUUUUCCAUUGAUGGAGCACAAGUAUUAAGUACUCAAUGGAAUAACAUUUCUUUGCAAACCUUUCAGCCUUUACUUGAGUAUGCCGAUGCUCCUACUACAAAUGCUAUUGAAGUCCAUGUUGACUUCAAGGAAGCAUCUUUUAUUGGAGGAGGAAACCUUACAUUUAAAGGAAUUCCUGAAGCCAAAGCCUCUGUCUCAACAAGACUCUUUUCAGGAGAGCUUCUUAUGUGUGACUUACCUGUUCACAUCACAUAUUCUGUAAAGUUAGAAGGGAACUCUCAAGUGGGCCUUUCUCUUGAGUUCUUUUCCAAAAUGAAAGGAAAAAGGAAGUUGCUUCUUGCAUCCCAAGGAAUGAACCAAUUCUCAAGCAAAUUUAGUGAAGUGAUCGUGCCGCAUCAACUUACAAAACCAGACAUGGAUCCAGGAUGGGUUAUACAAGAGUGUUGCAUUGCAUUGAAUGGACACACAUUAACAGAAAUUCACGCUCUAUGCUACUGGCAACAGCCUGAAAAUGGUGUACUUAUAUCAGAAGCUAGAUCAAAUUCCCAGGACCCAGCAGAAUAUUUUGCCAUCCUUGGACACAUUAGAAUUUCAACUUUUGACCAGAAUACAGAAUUUCCUCCAUCUACUUCCUGGAUCGUUGAGGGUCAAGAUGUUGAAUGGGGAGGUUCUCAAGGUUCCAAAACCCUUAGUCUUAAGAUCAGCUGGAAACUGAAAGAUGGAAAGAAUUCUCCUUUCCCAAGGUACAAUAUUUAUGUUGAGAAACUAACAAAAGAAUCAGUCACAACUCUAGCAAGGACACAAGAAAGCGCAUCGGAGUUCAUUGGAGUAGCACACGUAAAAGUCUUUUAUGUAUCUGACCUUGUCAUCCCUUCUGGCACUUCUAGCCUCAAAUUUAUUAUUCAAAUGUGUGAUGCUGAUGGUGCUAGCCAAAAGCUUGACGACGCCCCUUUUUUUCAACUCAAUGUUGACGGUCAAUGAGCAUUAUCAAUUUUGUUCCUUUGCAUCAGUCAUUAGCAAGAAAAACAUUGCUUACUUGCGAAUGUCAGCUUCAAGCCCUAAUAAAUUUGAGCCUUUACUAGCUUUUACUAGCUAGAAUUGACUUAGCAUAGAUUUUUUUUUUCUGGUGAAUGGAAGGAUCCUACAUUACAUUUAUUAGACUAUUUGGGCAGUUUGCUUGCAUUACAAGGAUCUUGUCGUAUUGUCUGUAAUACUUGAGUGCAUAUAAUAAGCCGUGCCGAAAAGCCCAUCUAGCUUAACAUAAUCUUCUGCAAAAAGUAAGUUACCAAACCUCCAAUCACAAGGGAUUUUCAAUUUUCGUGGUGAGAGAUGCACAUGAACAACAUAUCUUGCAAGUUUUACUAGCUAGUUUUCAAACAAAUGCAUUUUUGAGUAAAUACCAACAGGAAUUUCCUUGU